AGUGAUUUGAUGGAGAAGGAAGCUGUGGCCAAGAUGGCGGCGUCCGCGGACGGGCAGACGCGGUACGGACAGUCGGUAAAGGGGCUUCUCACCGAGAAGGUCAGUACCUGCGGCGCGGACGUCAUCGCGCUCACCAAGCAGGUGCUGAAGGGAUCGCGCAGUUCGGAGCUCCUAGGCCAUGCUGCCCGGAAUAUGGUGAUGCAGGAAGACGCCAUUUUACACUCUGAAGAUAGUCUCAGGAAGAUGGCGAUUAUAACCACGCACCUUCAAUACCAACAAGAAGCCAUCCAGAAGAACGUUGAGCAGUCUUCAAACCUGCAGGACCAGUUAAAACACCUCCUGAAAUGAGAAGACGGAGAUCUGCAGCAUUGGCUUUCCAGCGGACCCGAGCUCCUCGAUGCCCGGUGAGGGCCGGCGUUUAUCGAUUCUACAACGUUGCGUUUGGGCAGUCAGCCGAUAGAGAUCGUUACCUGCCGAUACGGCGCGCUGUGUAAUAAAUAAAGUGCUUUCAUUCUUUCACAGAGUUUAGGUGGGCUUGGAAAUGUUGCCUUUCUUCCUUCAUGCCCAGGACUGAAGGCCCAGAUAACUAACUUAUUACACUUUUUUUAUUUUAUUUAGUUUUUUGCACUAUGCUAAUGUAGAAAAAAAACCUACUUUUUGUUGUUACCCAAAUUAUGAGUUUGAGGAGACAGAUCACUUUUGUAACUUUUUGUUAGUAAAAAGCUAUGAACGUUUUGAAAAUGUGUCGUCAUUUACAACGUUGUGUAACGGAACGAGAAAAAAAUGUUGCUAUAAACAUAGUAAUCUAAAUGAAUAUUUUAUUUGUUUUGAUAACAAUUAAUACAAAUAGUCUGUAACUGUGGGUACGUACAUUGAUGUUGGACGGUAUUUCUGUAUAGUUCUGUGGAACGCUGUAUAUUUGGUGAAAAUUCCAUUUUAAUAAUACAAAGUAAUACAUGUUGCAAA